UACCGUAGUAUUUGGACCGCAUUAAAUGCAGCCGUUUUCGCUUUUGUCCACACAGUUAAACAUUUUCCGUAGAAAUGAAGCUGCUCAAGCCGAGUUGGGUGAAUCACGAUGGAAAACCAAUAUUCUCUAUUGAUAUUCACCCAGAUGGCUCAAGGUUUGCCACAGGUGGACAAGGUAAAAACUCUGGCAAGGUUGUUGUAUGGAACAUGGGACCAGUGAAAAAUGAGGAGGAUGAGAAGGAUGUAAAUAUGCCCAAAAUGCUUUGCACAAUGGACAAUCAUCUAGCAUGCGUCAACUGUGUGCGAUGGUCGCACAGUGGACGCUAUCUAGCAUCAGGAGGUGAUGACAAGUUGGUAAUGAUCUGGCAGUUUAGCAAGUAUGGAGGCAGUUCUUCGGCAUUUGGAACCGGGGGCAAAGUAGAGAAUGUGGAACAGUGGCGGUGCGUGUACACACUCAGGGGCCAUUCUGGAGAUGUCCUGGAUUUGGCAUGGUCCCCGCAAGACACCUGGGUGGCAACUUGUAGUGUGGAUAACUCGGUCGUCAUAUGGAAUGCAAACAAAUUUCCUGAGAUUGUUACGGUCAUACGCGGGCACAAUGGCUUAGUAAAAGGUGUCACGUGGGACCCCGUUGGAAGGUACUUGGCCACUCAGUCGGAUGAUAAAUCUUUGCGGAUAUGGAGAACUUCGGACUGGCAUGAGGAAUACGCAAUAACUAAGGCAUUUGAGGAGUCGGGUGGCACCACGCUCGUACUGAGACUGGGAUGGUCACCCGAUGGCUGUUGCAUCGUCAGCGCACAUGCAACUAACAACUCUGGCCCGACAGCACAGAUCAUCGAGAGAGAUGGCUGGAAGACGAACCUGGACUUUGUGGGCCACCGUAAAGCCAUCACCUGCACUAGGUUCAAUAAAUGUGUCUUCUCUAAAGCACUGAAAAAAAAUGGAAAGCCGCAGCAGUAUGCUUGCUGUGCGGUGGGCAGCAGAGACCGAUCUCUCUCAGUCUGGUUGACCGCAUUGAAGCGCCCCCUGGUUGUGGUGCACGACCUGUUCUCAAACUCAAUCCUAGACAUUUCGUGGAGCACGUGUGGAACGCAGAUGCUCGUCUGCUCGUGGGACGGCACUUGCGCAUAUUUGGAAUUUGCUGAACCGGAGCUUGGCAAGCCUUUGACGGAUGAAGAGAAGGAUGCACUCUUCAAGAAGCAGUAUGGGCAGACGUACACGAGCCUGAUGAGCCGGCACAAGCAGCCGAAGACGAUGAUUGUCGAGCAUGCAGACGUGCUGCAGCUGCAGCGGCAGCGCGUCGCCGACGCGCCAGAGCCCACCGACGCGGCCAGCCCCGAGAAACCGCUGCCCUACCAGGGGUGUCCAACAAACAAGCAGAUAGAGACGAGGACACCGGACGGGAGACGCCGCAUCACACCACUCUUCAUCGCCUCACAACAGAUAGAUCUUGGCGGAUCACCGGAGCCUUUCAAGUCGAGGCACGUCACCAGCUACUCGUGCGAGCAGAAGAGCAAGAUUGUGAUCGAGAAGAAGGAUGAGGUGACGAUGUCGGGACUUCCUCCCAAGGAAAGCAGUCAGUCAGGCACAACUGUCGCCGACGUGGUGCCCGCGGCGAAUCCCACAGCUGAGGGAUUCGUAGCGGAACCUGCGAAGACUGCCACGUCGGGUGACGAGCCACUACAGUCUACUCCUUCAGCUAACAUGGCGACGAUGACGUCGAUACAGGCUAAAACUCCUCACGUGAAAGUUAAAGACGUGUUAGGUGCUCGGAUGGUGACAUCUUCAUCAGAAAGAGCCGAGAAGAUUUCCAAAGACCAGGACCAGGUGACGACACCCAAGACGGCCCCGGUUUCGGCCAUCUCAGGCCUGCAAGUGAAGCGCAAAGCCGUUGACGCGAAAACCAGCGCCAGCAAGCGGUCGCGCAAGGAUUGGGAGCGUAAGAAGGAGAAGGAGGCUCUAGGCUCUCCCGCACCGGUUCCAACGAGUACAACUGACAGGGAGCUGAGUAAUCAGGGUCUCUCAUCAUCCUCAAUACAGCUACCUGUGUCAAAGCCUCAGCGUGUACUCCAUGCAACAACGACAGGCGAGAAAGGCUGCAAAGUGAAUGUCUGUGUAGAGAACAACAUGACGUCGACUGGUCCCACGGUACACACGGUGAAGUACAUGCAGGACGGCAAGGGAGUCGUGUGGGAGGCGGCACUGGGCAGCCGCGGAAUCCAGCUGGCUGCCAGUCGCUACAUCGUGUGCGUUGGCUGUGAGGACAGGAGCGUGGUCAUGUUGAGCCAGGGUGGACGGCGGCUACUGCCCAGCAUGGUGCUGAGCACGCCGGCCGCGCUCAUGCAAUGCAACGGUCACUGCGCGAUGGCGAUCACGGCUGACGGAUCCGUAUUCGUGUGGAACCUGCAGAAGCAUGGAGGCGGUCGUCAGGGAACGUGGCGUCGCCGGUCGGUCUGUGUUCGUACGGGCACCUUCCUACGCCUAACAGCACAUGCCAUGGCCUGCUGGCUCCAGGUGGCGACAUGUGAUGACAUCGUGCAGCUGAGCUCCAGACAGAGUGCGACAGCGGUGCAGGAUACCGGACAACCACCUGGUCUGCUGCAGCAGCUGUACUCCAUUCACAAGAGGUCCGGCCGCAAGGUGCUAAUGAUCCACAAGAUGUCGCCGGCCCUGCAGCAGGCGUCGACGGCGAGCCACCUGGAGAGCGAGGUUGCUGCCGCGCUCGCGCUCGGCUCGACGGCCGAGUACAGGCGCCGCGUGACGGCCUACGUGCGAUACCUGUCGCAAGAAGGAUUGGAGUCUCGCUUACGUGAAGUCUGUGAUACAUUGCUUGGUCCCACGUAUAAAACUACAAUAGCAUGGAAUCCCUACAUUCUUGGCUUCAGCAAGAGGCAGCUGCUCAGGGAAGUACUGCCACUAGUUGGAGGCAAUCUGCAGCUACAGCGACUCUACAUGGAGUAUCAGCGACAAUUGGACACGGCAUCGCCACCUUCCAAGCCUCACUGAGGCACGCGCGACAAUGAGACGACAAUGAGAUGAGGCUUGUUUCAAUUCAGCUAGGUGGAGGGGUGGAGAUUGCCUAGAUCUCUGGUGCAGCAGUUGUCUUUGCAGUUAGCUGCAAGGACGGGACACUAACUAGUUUCAGGUAAACUGACAGUGGGUGCAGUUUGUAAUUCAUUUAGUUUCUUAAAUUAAUUCAUGGCUGCCACUGAGAACAAAUGCAGACAUGCCGUUGAUACUAAAUAGAGCUUGCCUGCAUUUAAAUCUAUCCCUGUCCACUGACUAGUUAUUAAGUUGUUUUUUUUCAAGAGGCGGGUAAUAGAAAGAGACAGCAUUUGUGCUUACUACCACUAAUUCCGUAAAACAUUCACACUCGCAUAUGCACGCACGCACGGAAGGCAUCUCUAGGAAGAUUCUACAGUGAUAAAUGUUCAGAAACAAUGCUACAGAUGUGCUCCCUGGUGUUUCGCAAACCACGCUCUCACCUCUGCAUAAGUUGUGGCUAACUGUGAAUGUAUAUUUAUUUCAACGCUUCCAACCCGCUACUUGUACAUGCAGCGCGUUUUGUAUGUGUUAUACGAAAUGUGAUGUCAAAUAGAGUAACAUGUUGUUUUUUUUCAACUAGAGUGUACAUAAUUUAUGUUGGUUGUAUAAACAACCUAUAUGUAAUCGUAUCGUAGCACCAUUCAAUAUGAAAACAGUACGUAUGAUAUUGAAGGCGUUAGCAGUUAUGGUGUAUCUACUAUGUUCAUUCAAUUUCGCCAUUAUUAUUUAUACACAUCAAACUGGCAUAUAAAUGAGAAAUUAAACUUACUCACUCGAUUUUCGAACACAUAUUUUUAAAAGAGAUUUAACAGUUUCGACAGUGGCAGGAUCGAAGUCACGGUGUAAAUAUGAUGGUCAUUUCAUUGUAUUGCAAAAGAAAAGUAUAAAAUAAGUCCAGUUUUUUUUUCAUUAUAAUUAUUUGCAUGAAAAUAGUCGUGUAGUCGAAUUCAUACAUUUAUAGGUCACCUUUCGGCUUUAGGAUGUAAUUAAGUACAUAAGUGUGUAACUUGAACAGUGUGUACUGUGUCAGUAUCUAGUAUGUAAUGGAAUUAUGCUGCUAAAUCUGUGUAAAUACCAGAGUAGUUCUAGAGUAAGUUUUGUACCAUGUUGCCUAUGAACAAUAAAAUAAAACGUUUUUUUUUCUUGUAAA